UGUAAAUUUCACAUUUGCAUUCUUUGUGUUUUUGGGUGGUACAAUAAAACUAACAUUUAGAUAUUCUAUUCAUCAUAACACUAAAUAAAGUAGUUAAUUUCGUAAAUUUAAAACAUUGUUGCUAAUAAUCUAACAAUAAUCUGUAAAAUAUGGCCGACGAUCAGAACAUGAUUGAUGCUCAAAAACAAUUCGCUGAUGUGGACAUAAAUAACGGCAGUGCCUCUGGUGCAGAGGAUGACGAGGAGGAAGAGGUUCCAGCGCCCGGUACUGUCGACAACGAUUUAUUUGCCAUAACACCAACUAGUGAAAUUCAUCGCCGUAUAUCAUCAAGUAAUCUCGAAGAUGUGCUUACCGACAAUGGCGACUAUUUCGUAGAGGUAACAGUGGCAGAACCACAAAAAGUAGGCGAUGGCAUAGGCUCAUAUCUUACUUAUAAGGUAACAACGAAAACAAACAUUCCGAAAUUCAAACGAUCUGAAUUCAGUACAAUGAGAAGAUUUAGUGACUUUUUAGGAAUACAUGAUGUAUUGUCAGGAAAAUAUACAAGACUUGGAAGAAUUAUCCCACCGGCACCAUCAAAAAAUAUUAUAGGCGGUAGUACCAAAGUGAAAAUGAGUCCACAACAAACAGAGCCCGGGGCACCGCGAAAUGCCGAGUGGGUUGAAACGCGAAGAGCUGCUUUGCAACGAUAUGUGAAUCGCACAGCCCAACAUCCGGUGUUACGAGUAGAUCUCGACUUCAUAAAUUUCUUGGAAAGUGAUCAAGAACUCCCUCGCGCAGUUAAUACAGCAACUCUCAGCGGGGCUGGAGUAAUGCGUCUUUUUAAUAAAGUCGGAGAAACCGUAAAUAAAAUUACCUAUAAAAUGGAUGAAAGUGAUCCCUGGUUUGAUGAGAAAAUUACUGAAGUAGAAAAUUUGGAUGCGAACCUACAAAAACUGCAUUCAGCAUUGAAAUCUCUAGUUAACACACGUAGAGAGUUAUCUGCGCUGACUGGACUAGUUGCAAAAUCGGCGGCCAUGCUAAGCACGUGUGAAGAGCACACUGGUUUGUCCCGUGCACUCUCUAACUUAGCUGAUGUAGAAGAGAAAAUCGAAUUGCUACGUUCAGAGCAGGCCAACUCAGACUUUUUCAUAAUGGCAGAAUUCGUAAAAGAUUACAUCGAUCUAUUUAGCGCUGUUAAAUCGGUAUUUCAUGAGCGAGUCAAAGUUUUUCAAAACUGGCAACAUGCACAACUACAAUUGUCGAAGCGACGAGAAAAUCGAGGGCGUUAUGAGCUCGCUAAUCGCACUGACAAACUAGAACAAGCGCAACAAGAAGUUGAAGAGUGGCAAACAAAGGUUCAACGCUGCCAACAACAGUUUGAUGAUAUAUCAACCGAAAUAAAAAAAGAAAUGGAACGGUUUGAGUUCAACAGAAUACGUGAAUUCAAAAUAAACACGAUGAAAUAUAUUGAGGAUCAGAUGGCACAUCAACAACAGAUUAUUUCUUAUUGGGAAACUUUUAUACCCUCUGCCAGAGAAAUUGUUUAAACAAACUGUUUAUGCUCUCAUAAAUUGCUUAAAUGCAGAAUCGUUGUGUGAAACGCCUUUUAUAUAUGUAUGAAAAGUAAUAACUAAUGAAUAAUUCGUAUCCAAGCAGGAAAUUUGUGCUACUGAAAUGCCGUUAUAAAUGUUUUAUAUAUAGCAUAUAAAACUAAAGGGCAAAAAUUCUGUGUAUCUACGUUCCA